UUGAUGGUACAAAAGAUGGAGCAGGAGGACAGCGACUCUCCUGAAAGCAGUCCAGAGUGAGGAAGUCCACUUCAUAUUCAGAGCUCUUCACCUUAAUGUGAUGGUUCUGAAUGUCAGCCUGUUUUCCUGCCCUGUGGGGUGGGGGUUGUUCCCAGACACGUGUGUGGAGAGAUGUUGCGGCCCCUGUUCUGAACUAAGUGGGAGCUGAGCUCCUUCAUCCAUGGGUGCUACUGCUGCAUUUGGGCUGUCUCCAACUGUUGUCUUGGGUGUUGGUGGCAUUUCUGUUUGCCCUUUAUUUUUCAGACCUUUGUUGCUGAGCUGAGGUCAGGCUCUCCUUUUUGUUGUCUGUUUUCUGAGGAGAGAAGCAUUUUCCUGCUUUGCAUAUGUCUGAUGGUACUGGUACAAUGAAGGCUUCACAGCAACCAUGCUGUAUUAAAGAACUGCUUCUAGAGGCUGAAUUUUGGAGCUGCUGCUAUGCCUUCCAAGUCCUGUCCUUGCUGGGUUUAGCAGAUCUCUGUCAGCAGUAUGUCCUUAGGGAGAGUUUCCAGGUAGUGAACUCUCAUCAGUGCAGGGACUGUCAUUAGCUACUCCCCCCCAUCCUCUCCUCUAAAGUGCUGUCAUUGGCAUCAUCCUGGCACUGCAGUGCUUCAGAAAGGCACAAGUGCUUUCCAGCUGACCUGGAUCCAUAGAAAAUGAGGUGAAAAGGUUAGCACCCCUGACCAUGGACUGUUUGUGUCUUGUGCCUACCUGCUACCAUGGACUCAUCCUUCAGUACCAGCAGCCCUGGAAGAGGCCCAGUGCAGGCAGCAGGCUCCUUCCCUGGAAGAGCUGGCUUUCCUCCACAGCCUUGCCAGAGUGCUUCUGCAGCACCUCCCAGGAGGCUGGGGGUGCAAGUGGUUGUAUUUGGGAUGCAGGGCAGGAAAAGCUGCCAAAGCCUUCAGCACAGUUCCUUGAGUUGCCAGAAUUAGGUGUUGAUCAGUUUUAGAUUCAGGUAACUCAGUGUCAGGGUUGUCCUUCAGGGACCAGCUCUGGCUGUGAGAUGUACCAGCUGCAAAUCAACAAUUCUGGUCAGUAACUUCACAGUAAUAGAAUUUACUGAGUAAGUUUUAUAUAUUUGUUUGUUUGUUUUCAAGGCUGAAAAUAUUAUUACAGUGUUUGGUCUCAGGUAUGUUACAGAGCAGUCCUCCUUAUGUUCCUCUGAGAUACUGUGGUCUUUAUAUUGCAGCCUGUGCCAUCCCACCCUGGACUGUUGGCAGGGUGAACUGUAGUGAAUGGAAAGGGUUGUUGUUUCCAGCAGUGUCUGCAUGCUUUGGGGUUGGUUUUCAGUUAUGAAUCAUUAUGAAAGAGAUUUUACAACAAAAACAAUUCCUUCACCCAAGUGUGUAGGGUCUGUUUUAUCCAUUCCCUCUUUGUGCAGAAGACAGGCCUCUUCAUUAGCUGCUGUUUUCCACAUGAUUGCUUCUUUACAGGGAAUGGCAUGUUUUGGCUGGAGUUGUGUGCUCCUGCAGGGCUCUCUCCUCCUGCCAGGCUUGCUGAUGUGACCCAUGCAGUGAGACACUGGGGUCCCCAUGCUUGGGGUGCAGGGAUGCAGGUGGGGAGAACCCCUCUCCCGGUACUGGGCAAACCAGAGGGGAAAAAGUCUCCUAGGGACAAUCCCCUUGCAAAUCAGGAGCUUCUGGUGGGGCUGGGUCCCAUCAUGAGAGAGUUCCCAAGCCCCUGCUCCUUUGCCUCUGUUGCUGGGGAGCACUGGGCUUCACAGGGCCGCAGGGACCAUGUUGUGACUCCAGGACUUUUUGCUACAACUGGCCCUGCAUCUGCCUUCAGAAAUUGCAACUCGACCACUCCUAUACGGGAAAUCUAGUGGCAGAGAGUGCAAAGAAGCCGGGGCGGGAGCAACAGCAGAGUCUAGAGCACGAUCCACUGCCCGAUUCCCCCAGCCACAUGUGAUUACACCUCAGGGAACACAGGGAGUGGGCUCCUGCGGCCGCAGCUGCCAAACUCUGGGGAAGUAAACAGGGAGUCAGCGGGCGGGAACAGCGCAGGCACACAGCCCACCUGCCCCAUGGAGGUGCCAGCCCCCAUGGCGGGCCGGGCCUCCCCCUCGGAGCUUCUCGCGGGACUGCCCGGGACGCUCCCGCGCAUGCGCACGGGCAACGCUGCGCCCAGCGGAGUGGCAAGCACUCGGAGGACCGGAAGGUCGGAAGCCUUCCCCAUUGGCUGGGUGUGGCGGUGUGCGGUGCCGCUGCCGGCGCUGAUUGGCUGCUCUGCGCACAGGCGCGACGCCGCGGCCGGUGAACAUGGCGGCGCCGGUCCGGCGGAGCGUGGUGUUCGUGACUGGCAACGCCAAAAAGCUGGAGGAGGUCACUCAGAUCCUCGGGGACUCCUCUCCGUACACGUUAGUGGCGAAGAAGAUUGACUUGCCGGAGUACCAGGGAGAGCCAGACGAGAUCUCCGUGCAAAAGUGCCGCGAAGCCGCCCGGCAGGUUCAAGGACCCGUUAUAGUAGAAGAUACCUGCUUGUGCUUCAAUGCCCUUGGGGGGCUUCCAGGACCUUACAUAAAAUGGUUCUUGGAAAAACUCAAACCAGAAGGUCUGUACAAGCUGCUGGCUGGGUUUGAAGACAAAUCUGCCUACGCUCUCUGUACCUUCGCGUUCAGCACUGGAAACCCAGAGGAGCCAGUGAAGCUGUUCAAAGGCCAGACUCAUGGGCUGAUAGUGGAGCCCAGAGGCCCUCGAGAUUUUGGCUGGGAUCCCUGCUUUCAACCAGAUGGCUACAACCAGACCUACGCCGAAAUGCCCAAGGCAGUGAAGAACUCUAUCUCGCACCGUUACAGAGCACUGAGUGAGCUCUCCGCCUUCUUUCAUCAGAGCAACUCGACAGAGCCCUGCUCAGGCCCCAGCUAGCCUCCAUAGUUGCCCCGUGGCUCUCCAUGUCACACGCAGCCAUGGGCAGCUCCGUUUCUCUGUGGGCUAUUAUUAAAGCUGCUCCUUUUGGAGCCACUGGGACCUUU